AUGGCUGCUUCCAUAAGAGAUGAGGAAGACGAUCAGGGCAUUUUCACCAACAAGUCCACUAUGAUGGCCAAUUUCGAGGAAUGGAUCAAGAUGGCCACCGACAACAAGAUCAACUCCAGGAACAGUUGGAAUUUCGCUCUGAUCGACUACUUCCACGACCUGAACGUCCUCAAAGACGCCGAAGACAACAUCAAUUUCCAAAAAGCUUCAGCCACACUUGACGGUUGUGUGAAAAUAUAUUCGUCCAGAGUUGAUUCUGUAGCAAAUGAAACCGGGAAACUGCUUAGUGGUUUAGCAGAAAGAAGAAACCAAGAACACAACGCUCAUAACGCUGGUGCCGAUGAUGGCCAGGGAAAUGAACAAGAAGAAAGCGUCACAAUAGACCCUGCCACGGGGCUGCCGAUUUCCAACGAUGUGGAUAGUACAACAAGGAGGCGAAAUUACAAUAGGAUAUUAGAGACGACGCUAGUCGAGUUUGAAACGCUACGAAUGAAGGAAUUGGACCAGGAGCUUAGCAUAGAUCCUUUGUUUAAAAAAGCGUUGGCGGAUUUUGACGAAGGAGGUGCCAAAAGUCUUUUGCUGAACACUCUUCACAUCGACAAUACUGCCAGAGUGGUGUUUGAUGCAACAACAAACAACAAAGACAAUGGGCGCCCAACAACGCAGCAGCCAGAUGAUAGUCAAGAUGAAAUACAAACGUCAGAUGAAAAUGAAGUGUCAAAUUCAGGUCAAGAGAGCGUAUUGCCAGAACCAUCUUCUGCAUCGAUAAAUCGGUCAAAAGAUGAAAGUGCAGUUUCAGUCGACGUUGAUGACGAAAUAUUAGCUCUUGGUAUGGAUCUAAUAGACUUUCAUUUGAUUAGCCAAUGCCAGCUCUGUCCCUCAAUGCAACAAUUGAAAGACGUGGUUGAAGACAUCAGUAAAGCAAAGUCUUUCAUUGAGGAUGUAAACAAUAAAUUCGACAAUUUUCUCACUGAGCAAGAUCUGCAAGAAGCAGUUCCCGAUAAUGCUGCCAAUGACGACAACGAAUUCGAAACCUCAUAUGGUAAUGACAUCAACGUAGAUGACGGUUUAUUCGAUGAUGGUGAUGCACAAAGCGCAAGUGUACCUGGAGAAGAAGACAUCUCCAUGGCUGAUGAAGAUAAAUCAACGGUUGAUAUCAUAACAAACGUUAUGGAUAAAGAACUAAUGUCAUAUUUUGAUGAGAGCCUGAAGAAAAGUUGGCGAGGAAGAGAGCACUGGAAAGUACGGAGUUUCAAGAAACGCGUUUUAUCAGAAAAGGAAAAUGAUGGACAGGGGAAGAAUGAAAAGGCCAAACCUUUGAAUAAGGAUAAGGAUACCUCUCAGUCGGCAAAGGCUGUGAAUAAGAACCAAACAAUAGAUUUCUUCAAUAUUAGCAACGAUAUCGAAGAAACCAUUUUCAGCACCAAGAAGAAGGCAAACCUUGAAAUGCCCCAAAAACUGCGAACGAAUCCAUCUCAUUAUUUAUUACCCAACGACUACCAGUUUUCAACUCAAAAAGUUACACGGCUUUUCAUCAAGCCUGAACAGCACAUGAGCUUUUUCUCGCAUCGCAAGUCACGUAGCAAUACGGGAAGUCAAGGGACAUUCAAAAUUGAUGAUUUUGAAUCGGUGAAUAAUGAUCAGGUAAGUGAAAUUGCUGAUGAGAACUUUUGGGCAAAGAACUAUAGACUUAGAGAGGAGGAUCAAGCAGCUGCUGAAAACGGCGAUGCUUCCGAUAAUAUUCAUCAGGGCGUCAUGGAUAAUCCAUUCGAUGAUAACGAUGGCGGGAUUGAUUUUAACCAAGCUUUUGGAUCGGAGGGCAUGGAUGAUUACCCAGAAAACUCCACGGACUCCGUUUUGGCAGGAUCUGCAGGUGCUUUACAGGAAGUUGGUAAGACAAAUCUAAAGGUUCCAUACUCUAGGGUCUCUAAAAAGGUCGAUGUGAAGCGCUUAAAGGACAACAUUUGGAAAUCUAUUGUUGAGACAGUGAAUGAAGAGGAUUUCAAGGAAAGCAAAGACGCACCGCAAUCUUCUAAUGAUACAUCCAAGCACGACUCUUCCAUUGAGGAAGACGAUCCAGAGAAGAGUUCCACUAUCAAAUUCACUGAUAUCGCUAACAAAAUCAGCACAAUAUACAGCGGUGAGAGCAAGAAGGACCUAUCCACAAGUUUUUGCUUUAUUUGUUUACUUCAUCUAGCGAACGAACAUGGCUUCCAAAUUUCAAAUAAUGACAAUUUCGAUGAUCUCAAAUUGAGCAUUAACGAACUAAAGAACUAG